AUGCGCGCCAAGAAUUUCGUUGUUGCCUUGGCGGCGAUGCUAGCCAGCGUGCAUGGUCUGGGCAUAACAGUGCCCGGUACCAAAUGGUGUGGCCCCGGCAAUAUAGCUGACAACUAUAACGAUCUGGGCAGUGAAAUGGAGCUAGACAUGUGCUGUCGGGCACAUGACCACUGUGAGGAGAAGAUUUCGCCCAACACACAAAAAUACGGUCUGACCAAUGACGGUUUCUUUCCCAUUUUCUCCUGUGCCUGUGAAUCAGCUUUUCGCCUGUGCCUCAACUCGCUGCACAACAUGGAGUCCGCCGCUUUGGGUCAUAUAUAUUUCGGCACUAGAAAUGUGUGCUUCGCUUAUGGGCCGCCCAUAAUUUCCUGUCAGGAGCAGCAGUGGGACCACUUCAUGAAGCGUUGCCUAACUUACGAGGAGGAUGUAUCUCAGCCCGGACGCUGGCAAUUCUAUGACCUGGCAUUCUACACGCACCCCAGCGAGGAGAAGUAACAGUUCGAUUAUUUUAAGCCGCAAUUGCGCGAUAAGCUUAUAUAUUUACGUAUGGCAGACAGACAUACGAGCAGACUCGGAUUUCUACGCAUAAUAUUAAAUAAAACAUUAUUAAUGAUUAAA